GAGGUUUUGAAGAUGUCUGGUCGCGGCAAGACAGGUGGCAAGGCGCGGGCCAAGGCCAAGUCCCGCUCUUCCAGGGCCGGCCUGCAGUUUCCCGUGGGCAGAGUCCAUCGGCUGCUGCGCAAGGGAAACUACGCCGAGCGCAUCGGCGGCGGAGCUCCCGUUUAUUUGGCCGCUGUGCUCGAGUACCUCAGCGCAGAGAUCCUAGAGCUGGCCGGCAACGCAGCCAGGGACAACAAGAAGAGCCGCAUCAUCCCGCGCCACUUGCAGCUGGCGGUGCGCAACGACGAGGAGUUGAACAAACUGCUGGGCGGAGUGACCAUAGCGCAGGGCGGAGUCUUGCCCAACAUCCACGCCGUCUUGCUGCCCAAGAAGACCGAAGCUCUGCAUAGCGCGGCCAGCGCUAAGGCUGCUCCCAAACCCCUGACCAAGGCCGCCAAAGGCACCAAAGUGGCCCUCAAGGCCAGCACCGCGCCCGUUGCAGUGUAG